GAUUCCAACAAUUGCAACCCAGCGGCACUCAUAUGAAAAAUGCGUCUGGCAGAUCGCUCGCUCUUUGUGAUUCAAAGUAAUUUAUACCAAAGUCAUGGCAAAUCCUCGUGUUUUCUUCGACAUUGAAAUCGGUGGCCAACCUGAAGGUCGCAUUGUUUUUGAGCUGUUCAAGGACGUCGUUCCUAAGACUGCUGAGAACUUCCGCGCCCUUUGCACUGGCGAGAAAGGAAUGGGUCAGGCUGGCAAGCCUCUGCACUUCAAGGGAUCUAUCUUCCACCGAGUGAUCAAGAACUUUAUGUGCCAAGGAGGAGAUUUCACAAACUUCAAUGGUACUGGUGGAGAGUCCAUCUACGGUGAAAAGUUCGAGGAUGAAAACUUCCAGUUGAAGCACGAAAAGCCUUUCUUGUUGUCCAUGGCUAAUGCCGGACCCGGUACCAACGGCUCUCAAUUCUUUAUCACUACCACCGAGACUCCUCAUCUUGAUGGCAAGCACGUCGUUUUUGGAAAAGUCCUGAAGGGAAAGGGUAUUGUUCGUGCUAUUGAGAACCUGCCUACCUCAGCUGACAAGCCUGUCAAGGAUGUGGUGAUUGCUAACUGCGGUGAACUUGCUGAGAAUGAGAGUGAUGGCGUCCCUGUGCCCUCUGAUGGUGAUGCUUAUGAUGAAUACCCUGAUGAUUAUGAAGGCUCAAAGGAACCCGCCGACUUGGCUAAGAUUGCUACUGAAUUGAAAGCCAUUGGUAACGAUUACUUCAAGAAGGGAAACUAUGAAUCUGCUGCUAAGAAGUACCAGAAGGCUAUUCGUUACCUCCAAGAGAAGCCAGUUUUCGAUGAAGAUGAAGACCCAGAAGCCCUUCGUGUUCAAUUCUAUAGCAUCAAGGUGCCUUGUUAUCUUAACCGAGCCAUGUCUCAGCUUAAGCUCAACAACUUUAAAUCUGCCAUAGAAGAUACCACAACUGUUCUUGAGUUCCCAGAAAAAUACUUGACGCCAUCUGACAAGGCAAAGGCUUUGUUCCGUCGUGGCACAGCUUAUCUUCAAACCAAGAACGAGGUUGCCGCAAUUGAGAACUUUGAACAAGCUGCUGUUCAGAACCCUGACGAUGCUGCCAUCAAGCAGCAACUUGCUCUUGCCAAACAAAGAAUUGUUGAGCGCAAGCAGAAGGAGAAGGCAGCAUACUCCAAGAUGUUCGGUUAAACGUUAUGUACAGUGCUAACUCAUUGCAAUAAGUGUAUCCUCACACAGGCCACGUUUGCAACUUUUAAAAUCAAGAAAAAAUAAACAUAGCAUAUAAACACCAUUUCAUAGUAAGAUCAGUCCCAACUUUAUA